GCCCGUCGCCGCAACAAUCAACCUCAACCUCCAUCCUUUCGAAUCCUUCAUCAUGGCAGACACUACGACGGAGACCACGCCUCCCAGCGUGGCAGAGACCACGCCAACAGAGCCUACUCCCCAGCCCGACGCGGUCGUCAAGAAGCGCAUCAUUCGCAAGAAGCGACGCCCCGCGCGCGUCCAGGUCGAAGCCGACAAGGCCAAGGAGAUCCAGGCCCAGUUCCAGCCCCAAUCCGGCACAACUUACAACAUCUACUACAACAAAUGGGCCGGCGGCGAUCGGGAGGACUCCUCGCAACAGGCGGCCAAGACACGGUGCAAUCUUGCCCGCGACUCCGGCUACACCAAGGCCGACGCGCAGCCCGGCGCACACAUUUGUCUCCACUUUGCCCGAGGCCUUUGCCACCGUGGUCAGGACUGCGAAUACCUUCACCGCCGACCGACGAUUCAUGACAUCACCCCCCCUCAGAUGGACGUUUUCGGUCGCGAGAAGUUCAACGAUUAUCGGGAUGACAUGGGCGGUGUUGGUAGCUUCUUGCGGCAGAAUCGGACGAUCUAUGUUGGUAAAAUCCAUGUCAGUGACGACAUCGAGGAGGUUGUUUCGCGUCACUUCGCCGAAUGGGGCGAGAUUGAUCGGAUCAGAGUCUUGACUAGUCGUGGUGUUGCAUUUGUAACCUACAAAACCGAAGCGAUGGCACAAUUUGCCAAGGAGGCCAUGGCCCACCAGAGUCUCGACCACAACGAAAUUCUGAACGUCCGCUGGGCCACGCAGGAUCCCAAUCCACUGGCUCAGAAGCGGGAAGCCCGCCGCAUCGAAGAGCAAGCCGCGGAGGCUAUUCGGCGCGCCCUGCCGGCGGAAUUCAUCGCCCAGAUCGAAGGCAAGGAUGCCCAUGCGAAGAGACAAAAAACCAGCUACGACCUCGAGGGCUAUGAUGAGCCGGACCAGGUGCGCUUUGCCGUGGGUUUGCGGGGAACUGGAGACGAUCAGCACGAACAGCUUGCACUGCCGGAACCGCAGGACCAGCACCAGCCGGAGGAAAUUCCGCCGGCGCAAGUCGCGCAGGGCGGCAUCUUCUCCAGCAGUACUCUGGCCGCAUUAGGGGCUGCUCGCGCGUCGGUUUCGGCAAAGUCUCAGCAGGUCGCCUCAUUACAGUCGCUGGUCGCCUACGACAGUGAUGACGAGUGAGGCAGAUAGGAUAGAUGAAUGGGCCUUGAAUGAUGACGGUUGAUGGGGACGUGGUCCCUAUGGCAGCAUCCGAGCUCAUUGC